AUGCUUGCUCAUCAAUUCUUACGUAGUAUCUCCUUACUACUAUGCCCUCAUUUUCUUCUUCUAGCCUCAAUCCUGUUCGCGUCUCCAGCUGUCAAUGCUGCUGAUGCUCCUGACUGGAUUCCUUUCGACCAUGCGCAGUUUGACAACAACGCCGCCCUCGAUGAAAAGGGAGAAGUGCAGCUCUUUUGGAAGGUAGGAGACGUGUACUCUACAUACGGAAUCGCUUCGCGAUCAAAAGGCUAUCUGGCCCUCGGUUUUAGUGAAACCGGCGCCAUGACCGGCGCAGAUAUCGCUUUAGGUCGGAGGGACGAGAACGGACAUUUUGUAUUGCAAAACCGCCAUGCCGGCGGGUUCUCUACUCCCCGGCUUUCCAAAGAACAAGGGAACAAUAUUCGCCUGAAGCAAGGUAAUCAGACGGAUGAGGCUACAUGGUUCGUUUUCGAAAAGAAAAAUUCGGCCGAUUGUUUGGAAGAGCAAGCAAACGUCCAUACCGACUCGUGGCAGUGGUUCAUUUACGCCUUUUCCAGCGAUAAUACUUUCGAAAGGCACCAGCCUGGUCAUAACGGCAAGCAAUACGUGAAGCUUGGUACCGGCAAGACGACCUUUCGCAACGAGGUUCUCGCGGUACCGAACUCUAAGAAUGUCACUUUCACUCAGCCAGAAAUCACUAUUCCCAAACAGGAGACGACUUACUGCUACACUCUGCACAAGCUUCCCGAGGGCAAGAAAAACUUUAUUCUUGCUGAAGCGCCAGGGCUCAUCUCCAGUCCCCUGGUUCAUCACAUCGUUCUUUAUUCUUGCUAUGACCUCCCUGACAAGGUCAAAUCCAUGGUUGGCCAGGAGCCCAACUGCGACUACAAAAACUUCAACAAUCCAUGCACCUCUUUUGUCGCAGGAUGGGCCCCUGGCAUGUCUGGAAGAACUCUCGAGCCAGGCUAUGGCAAGCCGUUUGGUGCUGACAGCUUCGAGUAUGUCAUGUUUGAAACCCACUACAACAAUCCCGACGCACUGGAGGGCGAGAAGGGCAGUGCCGAAUUCACCUUUACAUAUAAUGACAAGCAGGUCGACACGGAGGUCGGAACGAUGACGCUGGGCGACCUGCAGCUGAGCGGUUUGACUCUCGAACCGGGCAAAAAGGUCGUCUCUCAUUCCACGGUGUGCUCACCCGAAUGUACGAAGAAGUGGCCCGCUGAAGGCCUCACGGCCAUAGCGGUUGUCCACCACAUGCACUUUCGUGGUCGCAAUACGCGUGUGCAAAUCAUUCGAGACGGCAUGGAGUUGCCUCCCCUUUCGACUCUUCACGACUAUGAGUACAACUAUCAGUACGCCAAGAGUCUAAACGAGGUUCAACUGUUACCUGGUGACCGACUCAUCACGACUUGCGAGUUUGAUACAUCCAAAGAUACCCAGCCGGUGAAGGGCGGCCUUGCCAGCAAGAACGAAAUGUGUUUCGCAUGGGUCGAAUACUAUCCCGCCAACAACAUUUUGACCUGCACCCAGGUCAACCUGGGCAAGGGACCCAACACGACGGUGGGAGCUUGUUUCGAGGCUGGCAACUCGACUCCUGACCUGUCUCCACCAGCGUUCCUUACUGCGCCAUACCAGCAGCUUGCUGCUGCCGGGAAUAGUUGCGACGUUUCCACCAGUGCAGAUAGCGAGAUAGCAUCCGGCACCGGCUCUGCCGCGGCGGCCUCGACAACUGAAUCGGGUGGCACGGCGACUUUGAACCCACUCUUGUCUUUUUAUCCUGCCAUUUUCAGUACUUCACUUUUUGUCUUCAUGGCGGUUCCAGAGAUGUGGGUUUUCUGA